AUGCCAACAAAUUCUAAUUGUAAAAUGUUUGGUACAGAUCAUUUUGGUCAAUUAUGUCGUCGUCGUCGUGGUAAUGGUACAAUUGAUAUAGAUCUAUCUGAAGGAGAACGAAUGGUACUUAAUUUUAUGCAACAAACAUUUUCAAAUAUUUCUCAACAACAAAAUUUUGCACUCGCGGUCAUUAGUGAUCUCAUGGAACCACCAUCAACACUUAUUCGUUCAAUUGGAAAAAAUAAUAUUUAA